AUGCCACACAAUGUGCAGGAGACUGAAGCCGUCGUGCGAAAGAGGUGUCACGAUGAAUUUGCUGGAGAUACUUUGAAGAUUGACGGCGAAGGGGACGCAAAGUCACCGAAAUCCACUGCUAUCGGGCAAUAUGGUGAUGGCUUGCCUCCUCAGGUGCAAUCACAGCUUCAUUCUUCACCAGCCGGGUCACCAGCAUUCACUGAAGCUGGAAGCAGCACCCCCGCCCGCAACUCCCCAAAUCCCAUUACACCAACCAAGGCCACAGUCGGCAACAAUUCUUGUGUGCGGAACAGCCCGGACACGAUGGUGAGUCGUGUCAAAGGCACGGCAUCAAAGCGGAAACGUCUUACGACUGUAGAAAAAGUGGCCAAAGAUAGGGAACAAGCCGAGAAGAAAAAGGAGCGUGAGGAGCUAACCGCUAAGAGAGCCGCCGAAAGAGCAAAGCAAGAAGAAGAAAAAGCUGUCCGCGCCAAAGAACGAGAGGAACAAGCAGCCGCCAAGGCGAAGGAGAAGGCUAAGCUGGAAGAGGAGAAGGCUGCCCGUGCCAAAGAGCGGGAGGAGAGACGCAAACAAAAGGAAGAGGAGGAUCGCCUCAAAGCCGAGCAACGUGACGAGAAGAAACGAAAGAAGGAGGAAGAGCAACGUCGCAUCCAGGAAGAAAGGGAUAGAAGGGCACGGAGCCAGCCAAAACUGAAUGAGUUUUUCAAAAUCCCCGGCGUGUCAAAGAAGUCGGACAAUGGCAGCAGCUCCGCUGCCGGAAGCCCCAUUAAAGCCGCCCGUGGUAAUGCGUCCGUUCAGCAAUUGGAGACCGAGUAUGACAGGUUGUUCAAGCCCUUCUUUGUGAGGGAAAAUACUCGUUUAGCGCCUUCAGCAACACAAAUGGACGAGGAAACCAGAGAGGCAAAGUCUCGAAAUCUCGACAGCUUUCUUGAUGGCCAACGGAACGCGGUCAACCAGAAACCCCUGGGAUUCGACCCUGUGGAGGCACUACUGCUUCCAGGAAGGGCUCCUAGACGCGGCCGCAUCCAUCACCCCGUGAAGCACAUCAUGGAGACGACGUAUAGGAAUGCUGCCGGUGCGUCCGAUGCAAACAAUAUCUUCCAGGAGGCGCGGCAGAAGCUGGCCAGUAUUCCUCAAAAAGUGAUUACGUUUUCACAAGAUGUCCGACCUCCGUACUAUGGUACAGUAACGUUCAAGCCUUACGCCUUAGGGCGGGAUGCAAUGUUUAAGCUUGCUCGGAAGCCGACGAAGCGACGGCUGCCACUCGAUUACGACUAUGAUUCAGAAGCUGAAUGGCAGGAGGAAGAGGGCGAAGACAUUGACAUGGAAGAUGAGGAGGAGGAGCUUGAUGAUGACGAUGAUAUGGAUGGAUUUCUAGAUGAUACUGAUGAUGGUGGACUCUCAAGACGUGCGUUCGGAAACGCGAUGGAACCAGAAUGUACGGGCGUUUGUUACGAGAACUAUAAUCGUCUUGGUCCAAACCGAACGGUAUACGAACACAAGAUGGAAUUCAUUCAUGAAGGACUGGAAGAUACGUGGGGCAUCGACCCCUUUUCAUCUCAAUAUUGGGAAACAGAGGUAAAAGCACAGCCGGUCAAGGUUUCACUGUCAGCAACUGAAAGCGCCGCCAAGAUGCCACCACCACCUGCGCCGACGAAUGCUUUCGCCGCUCUCGAUGGUUGCGCCGCAAACGUAGCGGCUUCCGCCAAGUUGGUCAAGCCAGAGCUGCUGAAUGACUUCAAGAGGGCCAUACUGGAUAACAAGGCGUUGUCGAAAGUCGGAAUCAUCGACUUCAUAUUUCAUCAGUUCCGCAGCAGCGUCUCCCGCGCCGAGGUGAGAAAUACACUAGAACACGUGGCUGAGAAGAAAGGAGCUGGCCGGUCAAAGGAAUGGGACCUCAAGCCCGGCCAUGAGAUUGUGUUCUGA